AUGGCCGAGCCCAAUCUCCAGGAGAUCCAUGAUUUCCUCUUCGACAUCGCCUUGAAAGCUGGGGAUAUGAUCACUUCCGCAAACCCCGGCACAGUAGACACGAAGAAGAAUUCCUCGGACCUUGUUACCGAGACGGACAAAGCCGUGGAAGACAUGGUCUCCAGCUCCCUCAAGUCCAAAUUCCCAGACUAUUCCUUCCUAGGCGAAGAAACCUCCACGUCCGGCCGCCUCACCCCGGCCCCAACCUUCAUAGUCGACCCGAUAGACGGAACCACCAACUUCGUGCACGCCCACCCCUACAUCUCCAUCUCCCUAGCCUUCGCCCACCAGCUCAGACCCCUCGUCGGCAUCGUCUACAACCCCUUCACCCAGCACCUCUACCACGCCAUCCACGGCAAAGGCGCCUACCUCACCGCCCCCAGCGUCCCCACCUCGCAUCCGCCCAGGCCCGGAAGCGGGACCGAGAACACGGAGGCGGUGGUCAGCGCGUACACGAUGACGAAGCUGCCGAUGAAGAUGCCGGCGCCGCCGUUGACGGGGCUGAAGCAGGCGUUGGUGGCGAUGGAGUGGGGGAAUGAGCGGAGCGGGAAUAAUUGGGAGACGAAGACGGAGACUUUUGCGAGUCUGGCCGGGGACGAGUCGACGGGUGGGGCCAUGGUGCACUCGUUGAGGAGUUUGGGAAGCGCGGCGCUGAAUUGUUGCGCUGUGGCACGAGGAGACCUGGACGCUUACUGGGAAGGAGGAUGCUGGGCGUGGGAUGUGGCUGCGGGGUGGGUGAUCGUGGAGGAGGCGGGUGGGAGAGUGGUGGGCGGGAAUGAUGGAGAGUUGGAACCGGCUGUUGAUUCGAGACGCUAUUUGGUGGUCAGAGCGAGUGAGGGGAGGAAGGGGCAGGAGGAGAUGAUACGCGAGUUUUGGGGGGCGGUGAAGGGGAAGCUGGAAUAUGAAUACUGA